AUGACCGGUUCCUUACUUCUGAUCACACUUUGCCUCGGGGCAUUUCGUGUCAUCGGAUUUGAGAUCCCAGGCGGUAAGUGGACCAGAAUACGGUAGCUUCUUCAUGUAAUAACGUUUCUUUGUAGAUACCGUCUUCUGGAUGUAGUAUUGUUGUUGGCAGUUUUUUUAUUUAUCGAUUUUAUCUUUUCCCUUUUGUAAACGGAAACUCAAAAGUUUUUGAAAUUUUAUGCCGCAGGCGUUUUUUCAAGUUUAAUGGAUUAAAGGGAUUAGAAAAAGGCACCGUAUUCAGAAUUUGUUUUUAAUGCAACGACCUCCAGAAAAAUUCGACCUAAUAUUCGGGAAAAGGAAUGAAGGGUUGAAAUUACUAAUUAUUUAUUUUUCGCUGAUCUUAAAUAAUAAUACAACGUAAAAGUGUAAAGAAGGUUUUACAAAAAACAUAAAAAAGAGCGGCCGAAAACUUUGCUUAGGGUUAUGCCCUCGGGGGACGGGCCUGACGGCUUCUAAUCUCCAAUAAUUUCCUUCCACGAAUCUUUUUCUAAUCUCCGGGGAGAAAUAACUUUGGUUUUAUGUACUAUUCCCAUCAUAACCUGGCCUAGGACAAGGGGAGAUCAAUCCAUCGUUACAGAGGUGUUUAUCUGACUUUGUUUUAGAUGACGAAUCAGAGGUGAAUCUGCUUACUCCUCUCGAGAAUCUGCUUCAUUCUGGAGGUCACGUCUUCCGAACAAAAGGACUUGAUGGAUUGCCGGCGGUGGGAGUUCAGGUGAGCUUAUAUUCUGCAUAAAUUUAUAUUGCAUCUAUUAAACCAGCAUCUGUUUAGAAGGGAGCCGAGAUUGUUGUUCCAUAUCGGAUAUAUCUUCCGCGACGUUUUUACCGCAACUUUGCAAUUCUGGCGUCCGUGAAGCCUCGAGAUGAGAAGGAAUCGUAUCUUUUUGCAGUUGUCAAUGCAUUUGAUACGGUAGUUGAUGUGGGCCUUAAAUGGCAACCAGCUCGUAAGCACAAAUCGUGUUUCUCCAUCGAAUGUGAUUUUAGCCGAUUCGCAAACAAAUAUUUCAUUAAUUUACACGGAUACGGAAUACGAAGCGACUUCUUCGAGGGUGGUGGCCUCUUUCUUGGUCCCCUCCUUCACCAACCAAUGGACUCAACUGGCGGUUGAGGUCAACGAAGACAAUGUGAUCUUGUAUUUCAGAUGCGUUCGUUACGCAUCAAAGACGGUAAUAUCCUGUUUAAUUUUUUUAAAAGCAAGAGUUAUCAAAAUCUUUGAAAAUAAAUUUAAAGCUUUAGAAUUAUAUGUUACAAGCAUAAUAAUCAAUACGUCCUAAAUUCAUAUUAAAUGUUUAUCUUCAGAUCCGUCGGAAUCCAGAGUAUCUGCAGAUGGACGACGCUUCCAAGUUGUACGUCGCGAAUGCCGGUCCGAUCUUAAGAGGCGGUUUCGAAGUGAGUCCGAGUCCGGGUCGUCGUUUAAACAUUGUCCGAGAAAAGCGUUGGUCUAUGGACCUGCCGUUUCUGUUUUUUUUUUGAGACCAAAUUUGCAUCUUGGUUCGUCAUCGAAUAUUUUGAUUUCUUUCUCCGAUCUGCUCCACCUGCUCUUUUAGAUUGCGCUUGUAUGUGAUCUCAGUUUUGAAUCUUUUGAAUUCAAUUACCCUCUUUUUUGUGGCCGGCGAUCUUUAAUGUUUAUGUCCAUUUUUAAACGCCUCAGGACUUUAAAUGGAAGAACGGCGGCUUUCUUUAUGAUACCUUCUUUAGACUCUGCCCUAUCGCAUUGUAAACUGCGAGUGGUGUUUUCUCGAUUAUCGCAACUUUUUUAGCCAUUGAGGAGGGAAUGGACCUGAGGCUUCUAGUAAUAUUACUCUUUAUCAAUGACUGUUUUGGAUAUAAGAAGAAGUAUCAGAUGAAGGAAUUGUCGGCGGCUUCUGUUCGUGAUGAUUCUGGAGGUGAAUCUAGAGAGACUUCAGUGGGAUCUGGAGAAGAGCCAAGGGAUGGCGAUAAUGAUGACAAAGAAGAGGAUGAAGACACUGAACAUGACACUUCGACCCAGGAAGAAAAAGAGGAUUAUGAUGCCGAAGCUUUAUUUUCUGUCUCUCAAUCCUCUCAGUCCUCUUCUGAUUCUUUGUCUUCAUCUUUCACAUCCAUAUCGGUUUCUUCUUCAACACCUCAAUUUUCUGAUGUCUAUGUGAGCAGUGAGGAGGAAGAACAUAAUCGAGUAGCAGGUCUCAUGCAGAACAUUUCCCGUAUUUCUACGGACGAUUACUUGGACGAGGACCCGGACUCACCUAAGGCAAGUUUCAGGGCUCAAUCCAAGAACUCAAGAUCUUCGACAACCCCGCAGAGGCUGCUAAUCAGUGUAACGAUAUCUGGGUAGGGCCGAGAGUUUUGUUUUUAUAAUAUUUUAAUUUAAGUGGAAGAAAAAACAACAAAACCGAAAGGUAACGGUGUUGUGAUGUAGUAAUUUGUAUGGUAGAAGUUUUCUUAGCGCUAAUUUCUUUUAUUUUAUAUUUUAGGAUGAAGGAAGUGGGAAAAGAGAGCCCGAAGAGUUGGAGGGCACUCCUCAAAACCAAUAUCAGACAUCGUAUCAGUCGACUUAUCCGACCACCAGCACCACGAGGGCCCCAGAAUUAGUGGCCGAUUAUCCGAUGGCUCCUCCCAUGUUGAAAGGUAACGGGAAACAAAAAAAAUAUUAAAAGUUAUGGACAUUACGUAAUAGUGUCAGAUAAUGGUCUGGAAUAUGAUGACGUAAUUUUUAGACGGCUCUCCAUUUCUUUUGGAGGACGAUUCUCUGAUCCUCCCCUUCCUCUCGUAUAACGACCGGUAUAGUGUCCACGCGGACCCGGUCCAGUCCUUCUGGAGUCGGGGUUCUGAAUCCACUUCAGGCCCCCAGGGUAUCUAGCUUCUGUCAAUGGUUUCGUCUAGUUGAAUAUGAUGUCUAACGCGGUCUGCUCUAACAGUUUUGCCUACUCAGUUCACAAAUUACAUUUAAGUUUUUUAAAUUUUAGUUAUUUCAGGGGAAAGGGGAGAACCUGGUCUGCCUGGUCCACCUGGUUUACCUGGAAUUCCAGGUCCAAUGGGACCUCCGGGAGUUGUAAGUUUAUUUGUCGUUCUUGUUGUUAUGUUAUACAAGCGUAUUAAUUUAGUUGAUAAUUUUAAUUAUUUAGUGCGAACAAAAGUGCCCAUUAAUGGAACCACGUCUUGAAUUAACGGCUGCUGACGUAGAACGAAUUGCCAGAUAUCCGGGAGUAAAGGUAAACUCUAUUAGAAUAGUUCAAUCUGUUUUAAAACGAUAUAACAGCAUAAUUUAGGGUGAGAAGGGCGAGAGAGGACAGUCUUCCGAGGCCAAACCAUACCAUCACUCUCAAUAUUCAGUCGAACCAAUCAGAUCGACCGGUGAGAAAGGCCAAAAAGGAGAUCCCGGCUACCCGGGACCAGCUGGAAUACCCGGAAUCCCCGGCCCUCGGGGCUCAAACGGGCUUCCAGGACCUCCAGGGCCUCCAGGAAGGGAUGGGGCUUCGUCUGGAGGGGGUCAGGGUGGGGUACGAGUUUAUGAAACGGCCGUGGAGUUGUUCUCGUCAUCACCCCUGACUCCCGUAGGAUGUCUGGCCUUCGCUUUGUCCAGUCAGCAACUAUUUAUCCGUGUUAAUAAUGGCUGGCAAGGAGUUAAGGCAAGGGAUUUCGAGGAUUAUUUGUAUAUAAAUUGAACGUAAUUUCAAUUUAAUUUUUUUUUUGAUUUCAAAUGUAAUACCGUAAUAUUUAGCUUGAUGGAUUUUACCCCUCCAUGGAAAGAAAGCCGUCAGCGGUGAGUCGUAAAGAAUAAUUGACUAGUCGAUCAUCUUUUCAGCCCAUUUAUAUGGCCAAUGCUCCAGCCAAAGAUCAUUUGUCGUAUUGGGUGAGUAGAUUGUUCCAGAACGCGCCGAUUCCCUGUCCUUUUCCGUUUUUACCUUGCUUCUUGUAGCUUGAAAAUGACGCCGAUAGUGCUGAUCGUGCUCCCUGUGCACGUCGUUCGGUCGCUCAGCCGGUGAUUUUUCCUUUCCUUUCAAACUGUCGUGUUGUGAUCUUUAAAGGUUAUUCCAUCUUUAAUCUAAGCCUUUGAUUUUUAGAGGGAUAUCAGUCAACAUUCCACUCCAGCACCUCCAUUACCGUAUACUCGACCAGUUCUUGAUGAAGGAAGGGCAAACAAGUAUAAUCAAUACAAUUACGUCCAUAAAGAGAAGCCUCAAAAAGACGGGAACUCACCUUAUCAGAAUACCGUCGACUCUAGAUUGUCUCCUCAUUAUGGAAAACAAAGAGUAGGGGAAUCCUUUCAUAGGUUAUAUUAUUUUAGUUGCAUCUGAUUGCUCUAAAUGAACUAUAUCGAGGUGACAUGAGAGGGAUCCGUGGAGCUGAUCUUGAAUGUUACCGUCAGGCUCGAAGAUCGGGCUUCAAGACAACAUUUAGGGCGUUCCUAUCUUCCAAAGUUCAGGAUCUGAAUAAGAUCGUCUUCUUUGAUGACAGGAAAUAUCCAGUUGUAAAUGUGAGAGGAGAUCGAUUAUUCGAUAGUUGGGAGAGUUUGUUCACUGGGAAAGCACCCCAGGCAAAAAUUCUCAGUUUCAAUGGGAUCGACCAGUUCAGUAAUCGGUAAUUACAUUUCGAAUAGUCAUCUUUUUCGGGAUGUCACAAUUUCGCAACAAAAAGUAAAGUUUUAGCAAGGAAUCUGGGAUUUGGCAUGGAUCGAAUGCUGCUGGAAAUCGUGUGACCGAUGCGUUCUGCAACGGAUGGAGAUCAGAAAGGCAUUCCGAUUACGGCAUGGCCACUUUUGUAGGCCCUCAGGCGCAGGAGAUUAUGGUGGAACCGCGCGAAGUUUCUUGUGAUAGAGAACUGAUUGUCUUGUGUGUCGAGGUAAAUGAAUAGCUUGAUGAACAUUGUCCGCGUCUACUUUGUUCCAUUAUUUUCACUGCAGUCCAUGUUGAUUACAAUAGAAUAAUAGUGUAAUAUAAUGUUAUGAUUACUAUGAUGUACCACAUGUAUGGCCCGAAGUCUUACGUAACUCCUUUUUAGAACAUGUCAGCCUUCAGUGCCAGACGUCGAGUGGGGAAGAGAAUCUCGGAAGAUUUUUGA